ACCUCUCCCGCGGCCGUAACGCUGCUCUCGCUCGGCUCCUCCUCGUCGCCGCUCUCGCUCCCGGACAGAAGGAGGGCGCAAGAGGAGAUCAAGAUCUAGCGAAACGGGCAGCGCGUGCUGCAGGUGCAAGGUAUUGGAUCUUCUUGCACGGGAACGUUGUCGAUGGCGCCGAGGCGAGCAUUGUCUCGUGCUCUUGAUUAGACAUUGUCGAUGGUCCCGGGAGCCUUUCUUGUCUAGGCCGCGACGACGAGGAAGAGGAGGAGGCGGCGAAGAGAAGCUGUAACGAGGAUUGGCGACGAGGUUCAAAGCAACGAAAUUGGCGCUCAUAUAAGGCGGGAGGCGAAGGUGCCUGAAAAUUCUGCAUCCGCGGGUCGUCUCAUGUCUUAUGCGCGAAUUUUUCCCGACGAGGUCUGUGUCAGACAACGAACGAAGGCGACGAGGAGGGGGCCGAAUUUGAGUCGGUUGAUGGUCGACUCGUAUUGACGACUGUUGGAUGCGGAGAGUGGUGACCUUCUGGUGCAGGCAGACCUCGUGGGAUGCGGCAGUGAGAGGGAAUCCAGUGCUGAGAGAUGAGGACUCGUCCGGCGACGCGUUUGUGAUUUAGAACAUGGAGAGGCUUUUCCGGAGGCGGAGGAGAGUCCGCGUGGAAGCGACGAGAGGGAUACUGUGGAAUUGAUGAGGAAUUGGAACUUAAUUUGAACUCGAAGGAGCGUAACAGACGGGGUGGAACGAUGGUGAAAUUUGCGAAGUACCUUAACGUGCAUCUGGUACCUGAGUGGAGGCCGGCGUACUGUAAUUAUAAGAAGUUGAAGAAGGAUUUGAAGAAGAUAAAGAAUCAGCUCGGCACUGGGUGCCGUCGGCAGAACUCUCUUCUACGGGUCUAUAAUUCUCAGUCGAACAAAGUCAUUUCGGUACAUCAUAAGAGUAGCGACCUCUUUGGCUCGCGCCUUGAUUUAGUGGAGACAGAGUUUUUGGAACCCCUCAAUGCAGCACAAGCUCAUAACGAGAAACAAUUUUUUGCCAGGUUGGACAGUGAGCUGAACAAAGUGAACGAAUUUUACAAAGGCAAAGAGAAGGAGUUCAUGCGACAUGCUGAGAUACUGGACAUGCAAAUGCAAACUCUGCUGGAAUUGAAUGAUGCUGCUGAGAAGAAAGCGGCGGACCCGCUGGCUGAGUCUAAAAAUGACUCUGAGGAAAGGAAACCUCUGUUAACUCGUCAAAGCUCCAUUGAUGUCAUGGAUUCAGUACCAUUGACCACAGAAAUGCUUUUCCAAACCGUUUCGAACCACCGAAGUAUGGCUAACAUACCUGAGAAGGACCAGCUGUCAACACUUCUGUCUUCUCAGUUAGGUGAUAUUGAAGCAAGAAGCUCGCCAGAUUGCGGGUACGACUUCAACUCGAGGAGGAACGCGCCGGCGUCUCUAUCAACACAUCCACCUGGGCUCAUAAUCAACGCUCUUCAGCAUGCCACUAACGAAGAUGUGAUGCACAAGGUGAAGAAUACAGCGAAAGACGUGAUGGACCAAGCUGAAGACGUUGCAAGUUUUAUCGCAAAAAUUCGUCAGUCAGAAAGAAUGCUACGCGAUGCUUUUAUCGAGUUUUACCGCGGUCUAGGAUUGCUCAAGAGCUACAGCAUGCUAAACACGCUCGCAUUUACGAAGAUAUUGAAGAAGUACGACAAGGUCACCGAGAGGGGUGCAUACUCGACAUAUAUGAGAACUGUGGACAAUUCGUACUUCCACACGUCUGACCGUGUAAAUUCUCUCAUUGCAUGGGUGGAGUCUAUGUUUGCUGAUCACUUCGCAAAUGGUGAUCGGCACAGAGCAAGAAAGAGUUUGAGACCGAGGCAGGCGAAAUCUCCACAUCGCAUUACUUUCUUCUUAGGGCUCUUUAGUGGUUGUUCAUUGGCCUUGGUUGUGGCCUACAUAGCAGUUCUGCACGUGUUGUUUCAGAGUCUGACACCGGAGGAACAAGCGUCUCGUAUAGCUUCUUACAUGCAGUCCGUCUUCCCAAUAUUCAGUAUGACAGCUCUCCUGAUUCUACAUAUGUACAUGUAUGGGUGGAAUCUUUACCUUUGGCGUCGCACGCGUAUAAACUACGCCUUCAUUUUUGAGUUCGCCCCAGGCACUGAGUUAUGUUAUCGCAAGGUGCUAUUGGUGUGUACUGGCCUCACUGUGGUGCUUGGAGUUGGUCUGCUGGGGCAUAUCACCGCCCAACUGAAUGAGUCUCCAGCUGUCGAUCUCAUCCCUCUGGGGGUAGUGCUGACUUUACUGAUCCUGCUCUUUUGUCCAUUGAACAUCUGCUUUCGGUCGAGCAGAUUAUUCUUUUUAAAUUGCAUGUUUCGAAUAAUAUGCUCUCCUUACUAUGAGGUACUUCUGGCAGAUUUUUUUCUCGGUGAUCAACUUUGUAGCCAGGUACCUGUACUUCGCAACAUAGAGUACGUUAUGUGCUACUACCUAGGCGGACACUUCUUGACGGAGAAUGGGGACAUCUGCCUCAACAAUGCACGAUUCAAGGAAAUUUCUUACAUUAUUUCGGUGCUCCCUUACUGGUGGCGUCUGAUGCAGUGUGUCAGGAGGUACAGGGACGAGGGAUCAAAAUCACAUAUAGCCAACGGUGGAAAGUACCUUUCGGCAAUGCUUGCCGUGAUUAUCAGGACAUUCUACGGCAGAAAUGAAACUAUGUUCUGGACGGUCUCAUACAUCGCCGCGUCAACGUUUGCCACAUUUUACCAGAUAUACUGGGACCUUGUGAUAGACUGGGGACUACUUCGGAAGAAAUCGACUAACAAAUGGCUGAGGGACAACUUGAUUCUGGAGGAUCAUCAUUACAUUUACUUCAUAUCCAUGGGAGUGAAUAUUCUUCUGCGGUUUCCCUGGGUCCUGUCAGUUACACAUUUCCAGUUUGGUGGGUUGGAUCCUCAUUUCACAGACUUCCUUUUGGCCGCCUUAGAAAUUGUUCGAAGAGGACACUGGAAUUUUUACAGGUUGGAGAACGAGCACUUGAACAACGUGGGGCACUACAGGGCUGUGAAGACCGUGCCUCUGCCUUUCGACCACAAAGAGAGCGGGUUCUAGACCUGUCACUCUAAUGUUGAAUGCGGGAAAUUAAAUAGGAUAAAUUAGACUGAAAAUCGAGAAGCCAGUCAGAAGAGUUCAGCCUAGAGUCAGGAUUCAAAAAACACGUGGCUAACGUAGGAAUCUGAUUUUUGCACUCUCGUAGUUACUGCACAUGGACUUAAAUAUGGAUGGGUCCUAUUUACACAGCUUUGGGUGAAAGAAUGCUUCAGCUAGUUAGCCCACUAGUCGAAGUCACUAGCAGAAUUAUUCUCAUCUGCAGAAGGUUGUAGAUGAUGGAAUCCACGUCAACAAAGCACGAUGGGUCUCGAGAUAGCAGACCUUCUUGUAACUUCAAGUUGCUGAAGCACUCUGGAGGAAUCUGCUGCAAACUCCUUCAGAUCACACGUCAAAGCACAACUAGAGUGGUAGGUAGGUAGUCGGAGUAGGCACCACAGUGUAACCUUCUGUUAUUCUGUGGAACCUACUCUUCACCGUCGUAGUUUCCCUUGUCGGUAAUGCAGUUUUAUCCAGAAUUUAAUCUGGCCAUUGCUGGAUGCAGUCGAGAUCACCAACGAGUUUCGGUUUGUGGCUCAAAGCUCUGUCGCUGUGUUGACAAGUCGGGGUUCAAACAACCUUCAUGCAACUUGGAGCUGCUGAAGUUGGAGCGACGAAUGGCUUGAAUUAAUGAAGGUGACGUAACGAAGAGCCAGCUUGAGAAGCAGAUUUUUCAACUCAGUAUUUUUAAGGUUGUAUAAAAAUGCAUCAUGACGAGACUUCGGCAGUUUCGUCACGAGUUUUUCCUAGGAGAUGUGCGUCAGCGGUGAGCUUACGCGGGUCUCCUACCUAUGAGGUGGAAGGCGAUUUGCUCUGAGCUAUGUUUUUGGAGCUAGCUCGCACCUCAGUGUUUUAUGAGAAGUCGACCACUUGCUCCACUUCCAUGUCAAUAAAUCAUGAUACAUACAUCAGUUCUACCUUU